AUGGAGAUUAAAGUUGAGAUAAUCAAGAGAGAGACAAUAAAACCUUCGACUCCAACAUCCCAUCACCUCAGAUGCUUCGACCUCUGCCUUAUAGAUCAGCUGCAGCCGGAGUAUUACACGUCGUUGGUUCUGUUCUACUCUAACAGCAGCACCGACUCUCCUCUUCCCCAUGCAGAAAGAUCCCAAAGGCUAAAGGCAUCUUUGUCUGAAACUCUGACUCUUUUCUACCCGCUAGCUGGAAAAAUCAAAGAUGAUGUCUCAAUCGACUGUAACGACGACGGAGCUGAUUUUUUUGAAGCUCGAGUGUAUUGCCGUCUCUCUGACAUUCUCGAACAACCUGAACAGAAAAUGGUUCGCCGGUUUCUUCCUACAGAAAUCCAAUCCCUGCAACGCACGGGAAAUCUGGUGGUAGUUCAAGCAACCCUGUUUGAAUGUGGAGGAAUGGCUCUUGGGGUGGGCAUUUCCCAUAGGUUAGCCGAUGCAUCCACGACAAGCAUGUUCAUCCACGGCUGGGCUUGCGCAGCUCUUGGCUCCGGCGAGGCGGUGCCACCAGAAUUCGGUGCAGCAUCUCGCUUACCGCCGAGAAGAGAGUUCACCCCCAAGUCGCCGGCCACCCACUUGGUGGUUGAGAAGAGCGCCACAAGGAGGUACGUGUUUGAUGCAUCAAAGAUUGCUGCUCUCAGGGCCAAAGGCGCCAGCGCCAGCGUUGAGAAACCCACGCGCGUGGAAGCCGUGUCAGCGCUCAUUUGGAGAUGUGCAACGAGCGUGUCAAAAUUAAAAUAUGGGUCUCCAAGGCCAUCCAAACUGAUCCAAAUGAUCAACAUCCGCAAAAGGCUCCUGCCGCCCUCGCCCGAAAAUUGUUUUGGGAAUCUUGUGUGGUGUUUUGAGGCGCAAACAGGCGGCGGCUGCCGUGACAUAGAGUUGCACAGCUUGGUUGGUAAGCUAAGGAAAGGGAUACAAGGUUUUACUGAAAAUUAUGCAGCAAAGUUUCAAGGGGAUGAGGCAUUUUCAGUGGUUUUCAAGUCUUAUAAAGAGAUUGAUAGUCUUUUCACGACGGAGAUUAUGCGCUUCUUUUGUUGUUCGAGUUGGUGCAAAUUUCCAGUGUAUGAAACUGAUUUUGGGUGGGGGAAGCCGAGAUGGGUGACCAUAGCGAAUAUGGAGAGCAAGAAUGUUAUGGUGCUGAUGGAUACGAGAGAUGGCAGCGGAAUUGAAGCUUGGGUGUGUCUUAGUGAAGAGGACAUGGGGUUGUUUGAAUGUGACAACGAGCUGCUUCAAUUUGCAUCCUUGAAUCCAAGUGUUAAUUAG